AUGGCAGUAAACACAAUCCUCAUGGAUUUUUCCGUGAAAUCCUCAAAACUACAAAAUGAUCAACAAGAAGAGCUUCUUACCAAAGUGCUAGAAAAUUAUUUUCCUCAGUUAUUUAAAGUUCAUUCUAGAUCUAUAGAAGAUGGAGGAUAUAUUGUCUUGUUUACAGCCCAUCGGGGAAGUUUUAUAACAGCACGGUCGUUUCCUCAAGGAUUAUUGACUAUUAAUAUAGAAUAUUACAAAAAUGAAUCGGAUGAAGAGUUGAUCAGUUUCAAGUGUAUCACUUUGCUGGAAAAAGAAUUAGCUGCUCAAUUUGGAAAAGUGAUCUCUAACAAGUUUCCCCCUUUAAGAAGAGGAGGAGUAGCUAGAUAUUUUCCAACUUCCGAUGAACGUAUUUUAGAAUAUGAUAUUGAUGCAUUAGUUUUUGAAGAGAUGUCACCAUUUCAAAAAGUACAAAUAGUUCAUUCAAGAACUUUAGGAAAUAUGUUAAUUUUAGAUGGCCUUCAAAAUCUCUCUGAUAGAGAUUUGGUUUAUACAGAGACUUUAAUGCAAAGAGGUAAAGAAGAUUAUGAAGGAAAAGAAAUAGUGAUUCUUGGAGGUGGGGAUGGAGCUCUCCUCCAUGAACUUUUAAAGGAAAAUCCUAAGAUGGUGCUCAUGUUUGAGCUGGAUGAUGUUGUGAUAAAAGCUUGUAGAGAACAUAUGAGGGAGUGCUGUGGUGAUUCCUUAGAUAACAUGAAAGGUGCUAAUUAUGAGAUAGUAGUUGGUGAUUGUAUGCAGUCUUUAGAAAUAAUGAUAAAUGAAGGACGUAAAUUUGAUUAUGUAUUUGGUGAUCUAACAGAUGCACCCGUCACACCUACUCCUCAGGAUGAAACCUGGGAUUUCAUAAAGUUAAUUAUCAGUACAUCUGUGAAAAUUCUCAAGCCUCAAGGAAAAUAUAUGACUCAUUGCUGUGGUGUGGCUUGUACUGGUGCUGCCAAGAUGUUUGAAGAGCAGCUGUUGUCCCUUAAUGAAAACUUGGAGUGGAGUACAGCAACUGCGUUCAUACCAUCUUUCCUUGAGGACUGGCUUUUCUAUCAAGUAUGGAGGAAGGACCCAGCAAAUUAG